GCGUCUGUUGGCAAGGCACUUUACGGCUGUCGUGCUGUUCGUGUCAGUCAACAUGGAGGGAGAGGAAUCGGAGAAGGCCGCAACGGAGCAAGAGCCGCUGGAAGGGACAGACCAGGAUCUAGACGCGGAGGAGGAGCAGGAGGAAUCCGAAGAAGCGGCCUGUGGCAGCAAGAAGCGGGUAGUGCCAGGUAUUGUGUACCUGGGCCAUAUCCCGCCGCGCUUCCGGCCCCUGCACGUCCGCAACCUUCUCAGUGCCUACGGCGAGGUGGGACGCGUUUUCUUUCAGGCUGAGGACAGGUUCGUGAGACGCAAAAAGAAGGCAGCAGCAGCCGCGGGAGGAAAAAAGCGGUCCUACAGCAAGGACUACACCGAGGGAUGGGUGGAGUUCCGCGACAAGCGCGUAGCCAAGCGCGUGGCGGCCAGUCUCCACAACACGCCUAUGGGUGCCCGCAGGCGCAGCCCCUUCCGUUAUGACCUGUGGAACCUCAAGUACUUGCACCGUUUCACCUGGUCCCACCUCAGCGAGCACCUUGCCUUUGAGCGCCAGGUGCGCAGGCAGCGCCUGAGAGUGGAGGUUGCUCAGGCCAAGCGUGAGACCGACUUUUAUCUUCAAAGUGUGGAACGGGGACAACGCUUUCUUGCUGCUGAUGCGGACCCUGCCCGCCCAGAUGGCUCCUGGACAUUUGCCCAGCGUCCUACUGAGCAGGAACUGAGAGCCCGGAAAGCAGCACGGCCAGGGGGGCGUGAACGGGCUCGCCUGGCAACUGUCCAAGACAAGGCCCGCUCCAACAAAGGGCUCCUGGCCAGGAUCUUUGGAGCCCCGCCACCCUCAGAGAGCAUGGAGGGAACUUCCCUGGUCGGCGACUCAUGAGGGCCAGGAAGGCCCCUUCCAUCUCCUGGCCCUGCUCUGCUUCCUGUCCACCUCAUACUAGAAGGAUUGUGACUACCCAGGCAGACAUUUUAUUGUGUUUUUCAGACCAAAUGUCUCUGGUCAGGGCCCAAACGUGUUUUUGUGGGCUUCUACUGUUCCCUCUUCGAACUCCUGUACAUGCCUGGCUGAGUCACCUAAUUCAUACUGUCAUACUAACAUGAUUAUGACUACUGCAUAUGCUUGUUUUGUUUGACUCUUGACUGCCUGCCUCUUAAAAAUCCCACUUCCUGCCUCCAGGAAGGGCCUUUAUUUCCAACAAGGGGGAUAAUGCCUAGUCCAGGCAAUCUUUUUCUGUUUAGUAGUCACAGGUGAGGGUGGUAUUAGCAUCUUUUUUAUGUAGAAAAAAUGACAGUUAAUGGGGUUGGGAAGAAAUACAGUUCUUCCAAAUGUGUUUGUAGAAAAUAAAAAUAUUUUUAUAUGCCUUUUUAUUUUUAUUAGGGGGCAUUGGACAAAUUUCAACUUUGAUUUUGUGUUCCCUUCACCUUCAUUCCAUCUCUUGAUCUUAGAGCACCCCCACCCCCAUCAUCCACCUUGCCAUUUAAUCUGGGUUUUUUUUUUUCUGUUUAAUUUCUGUCUACUUAAUAUCUUAGCCCACUUUAUCAGUCAGUUAAGUCAGCAUUUUAUAAGCCAUUGUUUGAGGAGGAAACAGUGACAAUAGAUAAUAACACAUGGCCCUUGGCAUUAAGAGUCUUCAGGCCACUAGUAGAAGAUAGGCAUCAUGGUAGAUGCAUAUAAGGGAUGGAGUGGGGGCCACGGCAGGUCAUAGAGUGCUCUCAGUGGGAACCUGAUUGAUGAUCACAGUCUUCAGAGAUGAGUCAGUCCUCGCCAACUUUUCUAGGUCAUUCCUAGAAAGUAAACUGGAAAAUGAUAAAGCAGAAGUCUCAAAGAGUAUGAUGUGCUCCCAUAAUUGCAAACAAUGCUUCCUGGGUGGAGUGUUGGGUUGGAACCACUGAAAAGGUGGGCAAAGCUUAGUAGAGAACCAGUGCACCUCAGGUUAUAUAUUGUGGGACUGGGGCAAGGGAGGGUUCACAAAUAGGCAAAGCAGCCCUGUAGGCUUCAAAGGAUCAGUGUAAGCCACUACAAGGAACUGAAAACCUAGGUUUUAAUCAGUCUACACAGUCUCAUGUAGACCAAAAUGCUGAUCAUUUUCGAGGCUGUUUCAGAAAGUGUCAGUAUGAUUAUAAUUAUUUGUAUUUUGCUUGUGCUGUUUUUGUUUUUCUUCUGUCAGUGUGAUGAUCUGUGUGUUUUAUGGGGUACAGUGAAUUUGUCUACUUUGCCUGUAAAAUAUACUAGCCACAUUGUGGAUAGGUGCACUUUAUUUGGAAGAAUGAAAAGAAUCAUACAGUAAAGCUUGGUAUAAUAUUUCUCACAACCCACAUACCUCUUAUACUUGGCACACAAACUACAUUUCCACUUAGAAACUUUUGUCUUGUUUUUGUGUUUAUUUCUUGUGGGUUUGCAUGUGGAUUGUUUCCACAUGCCAUUGAUGUCUCCAAGUGAACCGGAAAAAUCCAGAAUCAGAAUUUGACAGGCUGACUUUGAUUUAUUCAGAAUUCCAAGUGCCCACUGCCACCUCUGCUAGAUAAAGAGAUACCAAGGUGAAGAAGAAACUUUCCGUCAAGUUGCUGACAGCUUGGAAAGUACCAGACAUAGUGGUACUUUAGGGGUUUUAUUUAAGACUUUCUUGAAUGAAGAAAGAAAUUGCAUUCCCAGGGUGGACAGCAUUAGAUAAUAGUAUGUUCAAGGGUUUGUAUUUCAGACUCGAUCUCCAAAACAGUUCAGUACAAAGAGCUCACACCUGUGGCCAUGCAAGCUGGGUAAGUCAAAAGUGAGGAAUGAGAAUAAGUGGUUGGAAGAAAAUAUCCCAGGAACUUUCAUUUUGACUUUAAGCCUAUUGAGGGCAGGAAAAUAAUUACUUUUACAUCCAUAAUUUUUUUUCUAUUUAAACAGCACUUUGUUUUUUUAUAUGACUUAACUCAUUGAAUCCACAACUAUAUAAUGUUAUGCCCCAUUAAAAGUGAGCUCAGAGAUAAGACUCA